AUGGAUUAUUUCAAAUCGUUGUUGCUUUUCUCGUUGGUUGGUUUCCUGAGCGCGGAUUGUCCAACUGCCUCUGGUCCUUGCCCAGAGAAUUGGUCCUAUCAAUCAGUGAGCAAUGCUUGCUAUUUCUUGAAGAAUUUCACUGCGUCGAAUGGAAAAACUUGGGAUGUGGUCGAUGUGAAUGAGGCUGAACUACGUUGUCGCCAAUUGAAUCCCAAAGGACGUCUUGUAUCUAUUCACGAUGCUCUAGAGAACCAGAUUGUGUUCGAUUUUCUCAAAACAACCAACUUGAUGGCCAGCACGAUGGCUCCAGCUGGAAGCAAUCCCUGCUCAUCUGCCUAUUCUUGGUGUGGUCUCUCCUACACCAAAGCUACAGAUUCCUUUGCUUGGACUGAUGGAUCAAAAGCUGAUUGGAUCCCACCAGUUUAUAAGCUUUCCGGAAUCACAUAUUAUGGAAUGUCCAGUGAUGAAUCGUGUGGAGGCACAAAGAUUUGGGGAUCCUAUUCGACGGAAGCCGCACAAUUGUUGGCAAGAUACAUUUGUAAAAUCGCUCUU